CCGGGACGGGCGGCCAGGCGCGCUAGGAGCGAGCAAGCGGGCGGCGCCCAGGGUUCCAGACCGCGCUUCUCACCGUCACCUGCCGUCCCCAAGUCAGGGGCUUCCGCUAGAAGUCGUCGUCCUCCGCAGAAUGGGCCCGUGGCUCGUUCCGGACCUCCUGUGAGCCACCAGGAGCUGAGGUUUCUGUAGGGAUGCCUGUGGGCCAGCAGAAACCAGACUCCCCAGAGAUGGACGCCGACCUGGCCCCCAGCUGUGGCCUCAGCGACUGCAGCAGAGGGGGCAGUUUGGAGAGUCGAAGCAGCAGCUCCCGGUCCCGAAGUUUCACUUUGGAUGAUGAGAGCCUGAAGUACCUCACGCACGAGGAAAAGGACGUCAUCCUGUUCUUUGAAGAGACUCUGGAUUCCCUGGAAGAUGACUUCGAAGAGCCAGCCCAGUGUGACAGUGGGAUCCACUGCCACUCCCCGCAGUCUCUGGAGGAGAGCACUUCCAGCCACUCCGAGCCUGAAGACGUCAUUGAUUUGGUACCACCAGGACCUGCAGCUGGGGAAGCUGAGCACCUUCCGGAUGUGACCCAGCCAGCAGAGGCUGCACCUGUCGGAAAGGAAGAUACUCCCACUGCCCUCCCUGAAUGUGGGAAACCAGAUGCUGAGGGUUCACAGCCCCUGGACCCCACAGCACCAGAUGCCCUACCUCCACCACCUUCCCUACCCAGCAUGGAGGCCCCAACCUUUCAGAGGAAAGAGACGCUUUCCCCUCCUCCAGCAGAGCACCCAAAACUUGCCCGCUCUGUCCCCACCCCUCUGGUCAUUGCCCAGAAGAUUUCGGAGAAGCUGGCAGGAGGUGAAGCGUCUUCUCCUACAUCACCCUCAAAGGAGAGCAGGCCUGGAGAAUGGAGGACGCCGAUGCCACCAGCGCCACGGUCCGGGGAGCCCCUGUGGCACCGACACUCGGCACAGCCCCCGCCCAAGGUGCACCGCUUCCCCAGCAACAUCAGCGUGACCAACAGCGCGGGGAAGGAGUUCAACAAGACCAUCUCCAAAGCUGCCGUCAACGUGCAGGAGCGCAAAGCCCAGGUCCUGGCCAACAUCAAUGGCGUCUCCUUCCUGGCUGCAUCGGCCGCUGACAGGGAGGACAGGUGCCAGAAGAAGGAGUUCGCAGGGGAGCAGGGGAGAAACGUGCCUGCAGGUGCCGCAGCCUCUGAGCGGAGCCGAGCAGAGGCCGAGGCCCCUAAGGCAGCACAGACUGGCCGCCAGCACUCCCGAGGCGUGCAGACGGAGCGGAGCCCGUUGCCGGCUAGUGGCUUCCAGAGUAUCCACGAUGUCCUCCGGAGCGAGCCCAGUCCCUUUGUCUCCACUGGCAAGACCGUCACCUUCCGGCCAGACCCAGCCGUCACCAGUAGUAAACUGGUGCGCCAGAACGCCAGCAAGAGCUUCUACGCACACAGGCAGCAGCCAGAGGACGGAGGCGGGCCCCCAGCAGACGCAAGGCGGCGUGCAGGCUCGCUGCCCAGGGCGGUGGGCUUCAGACCCCAGGGCAUCACCGUGCAGUUCUCUGGCCGAGGCUCCACUGAGGAGGCUCGCCGGGAGGCCCUGAGGAAGCUGGGGCUGCUGAAGGAGAACUUGUGACGGAAGCUCGAAGCUGCGGGAGGCAUGAUCGCCAGCGCGAGCCUGCUGGCAGGAUGGCCACACAGACUGGCCUUUCCCGCUCUCAUCCUGCACAUCUACAACCUUCCCUGGCC